CGAUCCGAUCCAGCAGAAUGAAUGUUCCAAAUCCAAGAUCUUCGUGCGAUUUCCAGCCACCAGCCAUCGCACCCAUCUUGCCCCCCUCAUCACUUAUGUCACCGAACGUCUCUGAAUCGCAAAUCCCCUCCUUGCCCCCUUCCUGAGAAGAUCCACCGCGGGAAGGCAGCUCCCACUGGGGAAAAAUGGCAUUUUUCCUGGUUCCUGGUCUUAUCAAUGGGGAAUGCUGUCUCUGUUGUUCUAGGUGACGCCCUGAAAAGAGACUCAUAAAGGGGUAUUUUGCUGCCAUUCUCCCCCUCUAUUCCAAUCUCCAUGGAAGACAAGUAUUGGGCACCUUCUGAUCUCAAGCUACCUGGUUUCCUCCUUGGCUGUUAUAUAAAGAAGACUUCUUUCCAAAAACCCUCCUCCUUGAUUUUUUAACUCUCCCUCAUCAAACUGCAACCAUUCAACACCUAAUGCACCUUGACCAUUUCCCGUCCUCCAAGCUCAUCUCCAAGAUCUCUUGUUGCCACCAUUUCAUCAGCUUGUGAUGCUUAUGAACCUUUGUCCGUUCCCAUCCAUAAAAAUCCCACCUUUCCCCAAUCUCCUUGUAUCAAAAGCCAUUCCGUUGAUUCUGGAUGAACAGAUCCUUCAUGUGUUCAAAAAUGUGAUCUUGCUGCUGUUGUUAUAAUUAUCAUUGUUUCUUCUAUCACAACCACAACCUUUCAAGAGCCAUAUAGAAGUAUUAGAGUUAAGAAUGUUUGGGCCCCAAGCCCGCAGAGAACUCUCCAAUAACGAGUUUCCCCCUAGAAGAAUACUCCAUUGGAAGCCUUUAACCACCUCCCCUGCCGCCGCCGCCGCCGCCUCCUCCACCGUCAGCUCGGUGGCAAGAAAGGCCAACACCAUCACCGUCAAAUUUGAGGACCUCUACGGAUUCGCCGUCGAGGGGAACAUCGACGAUGUCAAUAUGCUGAAUGAGGUGAGGGAGAGGGUGAGGCAGCAGGGCAGGGUGUGGUGGGCCCUCGAGGCGAACAAGGGAGCCAAUUGGUACCUCCAGCCGCAGAUCUCGUCCAACGGCGAGGGGAUGUCGGUCGCAUCGCUGAAGCUGUCUAUUCUCGCCGACACCAUCACAUUAAAGAAGCUGAUAAGGAAGGGGGUACCGCCGGUGCUGAGGCCGAAGGUCUGGCUCUCUGUCUCCGGUGCCGCAAAGAAGCGGUCGACGGUGCCGGAGAGCUACUAUGACGAUCUCAUCUGGGCUACCGAAGGGAAGGUCACGCCUGCCACACGGCAAAUCGAUCAUGAUCUUCCGCGAACUUUCCCAUGUCAUCCUUGGUUGGACACUCCAGAAGGUCAGGCAUCUCUUCGACGUGUCCUUGUUGCAUAUUCUUUUCGAGAUUCCAAUGUUGGUUAUUGCCAGGGUUUAAAUUAUGUAGCUGCACUGUUGUUGCUAGUAAUGAAAACAGAGGAAGAUGCAUUUUGGAUGCUUGCUGUCUUGCUGGAAAAUGUAUUGGUAAAUGAUUGCUACACUGAUAACCUUUCUGGUUGCCACGUUGAACAAAGGGUGUUCAAAGACCUGCUAGCCAAAAAAUGCCCCAGGAUAGCUGCUCAUCUCGAAGCCAUGGAGUUUGAUGUCUCUCUUGUAGCCACAGAGUGGUUCCUAUGCCUCUUCUCCAAGAGCUUACCUUCAGAGACAACACUGCGGGUCUGGGAUGUUUUAUUCAAUGAGGGAGCAAAGGUUCUGUUUCAUGUAGCCCUGGCAAUAUUUAAGAUGAAGGAAGAGGAGUUACUACAUGCCCAUCAAAUUGGUGAUGUGAUUGAUAUUUUGCAAACGACCACCCAUCAUCUAUAUGACCCCGAUGAGCUGCUGAGGGUUGCUUUUGAUAAGAUUGGUUCUAUGACGACGAACACAAUAACAAAGCAAAGAAAAAAGCAGGAAACAGCAGUUAUGGCCGAGCUUGACCAAAGACUGAGACGGCUGAAUUCUUUGAAGAUGGAUGAAAAAUAAUCAGUUUCGAUGAGUUCGAAGCCAGAAUAGUUCUCUAAUCAUUGAGAAGGUUGGUGCUCUUUUAGAGAGAUGGUGUAAGGCUUGCAUCUCUAUGAGCUAAAAACUCAAUCUGAAAAUGUCAUGUAUGUAACUGGGGUUUGGUUAUUCACCAGCCCUAUAAGUCUUCUUUGGUCAUGUAUAAGGAUUCUGUUCGUUCUUCGUAAUGCAAUGAACAGUCGCAAGGUUGUAGCUUCAAGCCUUUAUAUUUAUUUGUUUAAACAGAGA